GAGUACUCCCUAUAUAUCAAUUUCGGUCUAAAUUGGGGUACAGUCAGUCCGUAACUUCACUUCUAUAAAUAUAAGCCAACACAACGUAACUUAUUAUUUAGCCAACCGAAUAAUUUCGUCUUUGCUGACUGGAAUUGUUCACAUCUUUAUGUUGUCACCCAUAAUUAUUGUUCAAAUAAAAUUAAAAAAAAAAAUUAUGUAUAUUUAUACACGCCUCAAACCAACCACUGUUAUCACAAUCACUUAAGAGAGCAAGCAAAUUAAAUUUUCUUUUACACAGCUUUCUUAACUUCGUAUUACACACUUUAUUUAUAAUAUACCAUCUCAUACCAUAAUACAAAUGGCUUCCACAUCAAAAAUUUCUAGUUUUAAGCUUCAGUGUUGCAUGUUUUUAGUACUAAUUGGUGCAGCUACGGCUCAGUUAUCAUCAAAUUUCUAUUCAAGCUCGUGCCCAAAUGCGCUCUCCACAAUCCAAUCCGCGGUUCAAGCUGCUGUGAAGAAUGAGUCUCGUAUGGGAGCAUCCUUGCUUCGACUUCAUUUCCAUGAUUGCUUUGUUAACGGAUGUGAUGCUUCAAUUCUACUCGAUGACACUGCAAAUUUCACCGGAGAAAAAACAGCCGGGCCAAAUGCAAACUCAGUGAGAGGUUACGAUGUAAUUGACACAAUAAAAUCACAAGUUGAGAAUGUAUGUGCCGGUGUUGUAUCUUGUGCUGAUAUCUUAGCUGUUGCUGCUAGAGACUCCGUGGUCGCGCUUGGUGGGCAAAGUUGGACAGUGCAAUUAGGAAGAAGAGAUUCGACAACAGCAAGUCAAAGUGCAGCAAAUGUGAAUGUUCCAGCCCCAACUUUGAAUCUUUCCCAACUCAUUACAUUCUUCUCCAACAAAGGCUUUACCACCCAAGAAUUAGUGGCUUUAUCCGGUGCUCACACUCUAGGCCAAGCAAGAUGCACUAGUUUCCGAACACGAAUCUAUAACGAAACUAACAUAAACUCUACACUAGCAACAUCUCUACAAGCAAAUUGCCCUAGUAAUGGAGGCGACAACAACCUAUCACCUCUCGAUAAAACAAGCCCUACAACGUUCGACAAUGCGUACUUCACCCUCUUGUUGAGCCAAGAAGGUCUUCUUCACUCCGACCAACAAUUGUUUAGUGGGAACGGUGGAACAACUGACUCUCAAGUCUCAUCUUAUAGUUCGAGUUCUUCGACAUUCUUCACGGAUUUUGCCAAUGCUAUGGUUAAGAUGGGUAACAUGAGUGUUCUUACGGGCACAAGUGGAGAAAUUAGAACUAAUUGUAGGAAGACUAACUGAUUUAAAAUUUAAGUUUAAACUCAAAAAAAAAAAAAAAAAAAAAUUACUUAAGAGUUUUAAUUUUGUGCUUGAUGUAUAGUAUAUAUAUUUUUAAGAAAAAUGGGAAAUAUUGGGGUGAUUUAUGAUAUUUGUAUGGAUUACUGAAUUGUGAUAUAAUUUUAAUGUAAUUAUUGUCAAGCUUCAUCAUUUUAGUAAAGAUUGGUUAUUUUUGUGAA